CCAAGAUGCUUUGCGCUACCUCUGAGGUUAAAGGUGAAGAAGAACAUGGCGGCGAGCGUGGAGCACGGGGGAGAGGUGGGAGAGAUCGCGGAAACUUUCAAACAACUGGGAGUGACAGAUGUACUGGGUGAAGCAUGCAGUCAGUUAGGAUGGAAAACACCAACAAAGAUCCAAAUAGAAGCUAUUCCACUUGCACUCCAAGGUCGGGAUAUCAUUGGCUUAGCAGAGACAGGAUCUGGAAAAACAGGGGCUUUUGCUUUGCCCAUCCUUCAGGCAUUAUUAGAAACUCCCCAGCGCUUCUUUGCUCUGGUACUUACACCCACCCGGGAGUUAGCCUUUCAGAUCUCUGAACAGUUUGAGGCUCUUGGAUCUUCCAUUGGUGUCCAGAGUACUGUCAUUGUUGGAGGAAUUGACAUGAUGUCCCAAUCUCUGGCCCUAGCCAAGAAGCCCCAUGUAAUUAUUGCUACGCCUGGUCGUCUUAUUGAUCAUCUUGAGAAUACAAAGGGUUUCAAUCUUAGAGCUCUGAAAUACCUAGUUAUGGAUGAAGCUGACCGGAUCCUCAAUAUGGAUUUUGAAACGGAGGUAGAUAAGAUCCUGAAAGUAAUUCCCAGAGACAGGAAGACAUUUCUCUUUUCUGCUACAAUGACUAAAAAGGUGCAAAAGCUCCAGCGUGCAGCCCUCAAAGACCCUGUGAAAUGUGCAGUGUCAUCAAAAUAUCAGACGGUUGAAAAACUUCAGCAAUACUAUAUUUUUAUUCCUUCCAAGUUCAAGGAUAGUUAUCUUGUGUAUAUUCUGAAUGAACUUGCUGGCAAUUCAUUCAUGAUAUUCUGCAGUACAUGCAACAAUACUCAAAGGACGGCACUCUUGCUUCGAAAUUUGGGCUUUACUGCUAUUCCCCUCCAUGGACAGAUGAGCCAGAAUAAACGAUUAGGAUCACUGAACAAAUUCAAGGCUAAAGCACGGUCCAUCUUGUUGGCUACUGAUGUUGCAAGUAGAGGCCUUGACAUCCCUCAUGUUGAUGUAGUAAUAAACUUUGACAUUCCUACCCAUUCCAAGGAUUACAUUCAUCGAGUAGGGAGAACAGCUCGAGCUGGUCGAUCUGGAAAAUCAAUCACCUUUGUGACACAGUAUGAUGUGGAACUCUUCCAGCGCAUUGAGCACCUGAUUGGCAAAAAGCUGCCAGCCUUUCCCACUCAAGAGGAAGAGGUCAUGAUGUUGACCGAGCGUGUGGCUGAAGCCCAGAGAUUUGCUCGCAUGGAAUUGCGGCAACAAGGGGAAAAGAAGAAACGCUCUCGAGACGAGGCAAAUGAUGAUGAUGAUGGUGAUGAUGCAGAAGGAGCGUUGGGAGUCAGGAAAAAAGUUACUGGUGGGAAAAAAAAGAAAUGGAAAGUUCAGAAAUAAAUACCAUCAGACUUUAUUUCUCUAUAUUUUUAUGCAGUUUGGAAUCAUUAGUCCAACAUCAUUAUCAGAAUGACUUUCAAGGACUCAUGAAGAACAUCUCAGCAAGUUUAGCAGUCCACCUUCAUUUAUUUGUUCAACUUGUAUGCCGCCUUUCUCCGAAGACUCAAGGCGGCUUACAAUGCAUUUAAAAGCCAUAUAUAAAAACAUUAAAAAUUAAAACAUUAAAAACAAUUAACACCCAUUCACACCAUUCAUGGCCGGAUCUCACCAGAUCGCAACAGCGAGAUCAAUGGCCCCAGGCCUGCCGGAAAAGCCAGGUCUUCACCGCUUUUCGGAAGGCCAAUAGGGUGGGGAUGGUCCGGAUCUCAGGAGGUAACUGGUUCCAGAGAGCUGGGGCAGCCACAGAGGAGGCCCUCCCCCGCAGGCCCGCCAGCCGGCAUUGUUUAGCUGACAGGACCCGGAGGAGACCAACUCUGUGGGAUUUUCAUGGAUAUUUUCCUUGCAAACUGGGGAAAUCUCUUAACAUUGGAGAAGUCUUAUUGGUCUCUAACAGAAAUUGGUAUUCCUCUGAAGAAAGCAGAUGAGAACAGAUUUCAUGUAUUCUUUAUGGACAGUGGAAUUGGGAAUAUGGCAGAAGCUUUUCAGUCUGCUGCCACCCAAGUUGCAGUCAAUUAUUUUUACAGCCCAUAUUUAUUUAAUAAGAUAAUUUGCAAAAACAUGGGGUGGAGUGGGGGAAAAUAAUGUAAUAUAUUCUAAUGUUCAAGAUGUGUCAGCAAAUAGCAGACUAAUAAGAUCCUUGAAUAUUAAAGUGAAGGACUUGAUACAGAGGAGAAGAAUUAAAAAAAAACUCUGCUAAAA